CUUUCCGACCUUUUCCAGGUCCCUCAUGCUCUUUAUACCUUCAAUCCUCGGUCAUCUAUUCCAUGCUGACCAUAAGUCCUGACCUAUUAUGAUAUUUGCGCCAUAAUUAAAUCCUGCUUCCAUCGUCAAAGUCCCAUUCCAGGUGUUUCACGAACUAGACGAACAUGCACUUGCCUCUAACAUCUCUUACGGUCUUUCUGGCCUUUCUUUCCGCUGGCCAUGGCCUGCAGUCUUCUCAGAUCCCCUCUGACACCCCACUAUCAUCGUUGAUCGCUUCUGCAAAAUCCCACCUUGCGGGUGGUUCCCCCCGCGAGGCCUUGGUGUAUUUUGAUGCGGCUGUGUCCAGGGAUCCCACAAAUUAUCUUACACUCUUUCAGAGAGGUGCUACCCAGCUGAGCCUGGGUAAAAGCUCACUGGCUCUUGAAGACUUCGACCGGGUUCUUCAACUGAAGCCAGACUUCGAAAGCGCUCUUCUACAGCGGGCACGACUGAAGGCCAGCUCUGCUGACUGGGCAGGUGCGUUGGGUGAUCUUGAUAAAGCUGGUAAGAGGUCCACACCAGAGUAUCAAGAACUCCGGGAAUCGCGUGAUGCUGCGUCUGCCGCGCUGGAAGCGGAAAGUCGCGGAGCCUGGGAUGUCUGUGUAAGCCAGGCGAGUAUAGCUUUGGCCAAGGCAACGAUGUCUUUAAGCCUGCGGCGGGCUCGGGCACAUUGUCGCUUUGAGACGGGUGAAACAGAACAGGGAAUCAGCGAUCUUCUUCACGUGCUACAGAUUCACCCGAGCUCCUUGGAGCCCUAUCUACAGAUAUCGUCGACACUUUUCUAUGCCUUGGGAGACACGGACCGCGGUAUUUCCCAAGUCCGCAAAUGUCUACAUUCUGACCCUGAUUCGAAACCGUGCAAUCGCCUUUACAGAAGGGAGAGGCAGCUUGUAAAACAGUUGCAAAAAUUGGAGGAAGCUGUGAAUGCGCGAAAACACAACAACGCCAUUAAUAUACUGGUAGGGGUCAGUGGUGAAAGCGGUCUCCUCGAUGACGUGCAGAAGGAUGCUGCACAGGCAAAGGAGGAUGGUCUUAUUCACCCAAAAGCCCCGAGCAGCCUUUAUGCCUCACUCGUCGAACGGACCUGCGAGGUUUUCCGGGAGGCGCAAAUGCCCAAACGGGCUAGUCCAUACUGCUCGGAGGCUUUGACUUUCGAUCCUAAUUCUUUACCGGCGCUCCUCCUCGAGAGUCAGCAUGCUAUUGACGAGGAUCGGUUUGAUGAUGCUAUACGGUUGCUAAACCAAGCCAAGGAACAUCAUUCCAAUUCGAGGGAAGUUCAGGCCCUGUUGCAGAAGGCCCAAGUUCUACAGAAACGUUCCAAGCAGAAAGACUACUACAAGGUUUUGGGUGUGAGCCGCGAUGCGGACGAGAGGACUAUCAAGCGUGCUUAUCGGCAGCUUACGAAACAGCACCACCCUGAUAAGGCCAUUUCCCAGGGUGUUACCAAGGAGGAGGCUGAGAAGAAGAUGGCCUCAAUUAAUGAAGCUUACGAGGUACUUUCUGAUCCUGAAUUGCGAUCCCGGUACGACAACGGCGAUGACCCCAAUGACCCAGAGUCACAAAGGGGCAGGCCAUUUCAAGGGAGUCCGUUUGGACCAGGCGGACAAUUUUUCUUCCAGCAGGGCGGCGGUCCGCAAUUCAAGUUCUCGGGUCAGGGCUUCAACUUUCCCGGCGGUUUCCCUUUCCGCUGAUGUUGGGGUCCGGACUUCUGAAUGCUGGGAAAACAUAUUGUAUUUAGAUCAUUCUAGUUUAAACUUGUUUCAAUCUCUUUCGAGAUUGACAAUCAUUCUGUGCCAUGGCCAAGCCCUGGUCUACUAAUACAAAG